CGCGCGAUUAUGUGAAUGUGAAUUACUUUAGUUGAGCUUUGGUCCAGCUCUGAGUCUAGACACUUGAUUUUUUCGGUAUCCAAGAAAGGGAGCUAAAAUCACCAACCACAAAGCGACCUGUGAACCACCGCCAUGUCCACCUCACUUCAGCUCAUCCGGUUCACCUCCUCCUUCUUCUUCUUCUCCUUCAUCUUCAUCUUCUUCUUCUUCGCUCACACCUCCGCCACUGACCACAUUGUUGGCGCCAACAAAGGCUGGAACCCCGGUAUCAACUACACCAACUGGGCUAAUAACCACACCUUCUAUGUCAACGAUCUCAUCUCAUUUAGGUACCAGAAGACUCAAUACAAUGUGUUUAUGGUGAACCAAAGUGGGUAUGAUAACUGCACAACAGAAGGGGCACUAGGCAAUUGGAGCAGUGGUAAAGAUUUCAUAACUCUUGACAAAGCUCAGAGGUAUUACUUCAUUUGUGGCAAUGGUCAGUGCUUUAGUGGCAUGAAAGUUUCUGUUUUGGUCCACCCUUUGCCUUCACCACCAUCGUCAAAAUCACCUUCAGUUGCUGCAAACGCAUCCUCAGAAUCUGCAGGUCCUGUCAUUUGGCACAAGGGUUUAGUGGGUUUAAGAGCCUUGGCCAUGGCUGCAGUUCCAUUCUGGAUUGGAUGGAUUUAGAUUGGUGUACUUUUAGUUCUUGAAGAAGUAAGACCUUUGAAUUGUAUUCCUUUUUGGUCAAUGCCAGUGAAUUAUUAUUGUUUGUCUAUGGGUUUAACUCUUUGGAUUUUCUUUUAUUUGGCUGAAUGAAACUUCAUUUCUGGAUUUGAUUAAA